AUGGCUACCCCCAGUGUCCUUACCUUUGAUGCUGAGGGUCCUGUUGUUGACUUCGAGGUCUGGGUCGAUGACCUACGGCUCUUCCUACAGUGCGAUAGGGCAGACGGACUCUCCCUGUUCGAUCUCACCUCUGGUGCCUCUCCUGCCCCGCCUGCUGAUGCUGACAGCAUUGUUCGCUCACAGUGGGCCACACGCGAUGCUGCUGCCUGUCUUGCUGUGCGUCGCCACUUACCGACCGCUGAGCUCGCUGACCUCAUUACUCACCUUCGCACUAGUGACACUCGCUACCACGCUGCGCUUUCUGCUGAGUUCUGUGCAAAGAACCCUCCCCCCAUGUACAUCACCCUCUACUACAUAGUCACCCGGCUCCCUGACUCCCUUCGCUUAGUCAGGGACCACUUCCUCUCAGUUUGCCCCACCACACUCACCGUUGACCUCCUCGAGGAGCGCCUCCUGGCAGCAGAGAAGAGCAUAGUCGCUAUAGGAGCCUCUCAUGGUGACCCUCGUACCCCUGUCUUUGAGGGGUGUUCCCCCUCCCCCCUCUUGCCCUCUAUUGCUUCUGCUGCUGCGGCCGACCUCGUUGGCUUCGAAUCGGUCGGAGCUGCGUCUGCCCCUAGCGGGAGACGCCGCACCGGCAAGGGCAAGGGGGGCAAGGGCGCUGGAGGGGCUGGCGGGGGCGGUGGAGGUGGAGGUGUAGGCAGUGGAGGGGGUGGGGUUGGUGGUGGGAGUGGUGGCGGGGGUGAAGGUGUCGGUGGUAGCAUUGGAGGCGGAGGAGGCGGCGGCGGUGGCGGUGGGAGCGGAGGCGGCGGAGGUGGCGGAGGCGGCGGCGGCAGCGGUGGAGCUGGUCGCGGCUCUCGAGGUGGGGGUACUGGUCCCUGCACCUACGUGCUCCGUACUAGCGACCGCGCUGGUGAGCAGUGCGGGGGUUCGCACUCCACCCAGCGCUGCUUCGGCCGCCUGACGGACGCUUGGCGUCACCAGUUCCCUGACGCCACUGAGAUCCCUCGCUGGGGAGAGCUGUCUAGGGCGGGGGUUGCUAUCUUUGAUCUUGACUAUGAUGCUAUACUUGCUGCCAUGUAUGCUGUGUCUACUAGUGAUGAGGGCGACUGUUACUUGUGUGUUCCACCUGACCUGGGCAUUGAGACUGCUGCUCUAGGUGCUAUUGAGUCUGCUGCCCCCGGUGCUGGUGAGUCUGCUCUCUCAGGUCUUUACCUCCCCUCGUUCUCUACGAACAUGGUGAGUGGUGCAGAUCUACAGGAUGGGGGGAUUCACCAGUUCACUCCUGCGACCUGCCCCUACCUGCGUUCCCUGCGUCGAGGGGCGGCAGCGCGCCGCCCCUCACUCCUCCGAGUUUCCUCCGACAGAGGCUCCGCUGCAGACUCUUCACAUGGACGUGUGGGGCCCCGCCCGCGUCCGUGGCUAGGAGGCGGGGAGUUUUCCUCUGCCCGUCUGGGAGCCUUCUGUCGUGCACAGGGCAUCCGCCAGACAUUCACGCUUCCGGCCUCUCCACAGCAAAAUGGGAUUGCAGAGCGCCGCAUUGGCAUGGUCAUGGAUGUCGCUCGUACGUCCAUGAUCCAUGCAGCUGCUCCCCAUUUUCUGUGGCCGUUUGCGGUUCAGUACGCAGCGCAUCAGCUCAACCUUCAGCCCCGGGUCUCCUUGCCAGAGACCUCCCCCACCUUGCGGUGGAUGGGGAAGGUUGGCGAUGCGUCUGCGUUUCGUGUCUGGGGAUCUCGGGCGUUUGUCCGCGACAUGUCUGGGGACAAGCUGUCCCCCCGUGCGGUUCCCUGCGUCUUCCUUGGCUUCCCCCUUGGCGCGCCUGGUUGGAAGUUUUACCACCCCACCUCGCGCCGUGUUCUGUCCUCCCAGGACGUCACGUUUGACGAGUCGGUUCCUUACUACCGUCUCUUCCCCUACCGCACUACGCCCCUCCCCCCGCCGCCGCUCUUCCUUGCGCCAGGUCCCCCCCCGGUAGACCCCCUCCCCCCUCAGGGUCCUGCUCCGUUGGGUGUGUCCCAGGUAGACGCAGUCGAGCCUGUCGAGGUAGCUGUUGACUCUGGUAGUGCUACGGGUGCUGGGCCUAGGGGUGCUGGGCCUUGGGGUUCUGGACCUAGGGGUGCGGAGCCUGGGGGUGCGGAGCCUGGGGGUAUGGAGCCUGAGGGUGCUGAGCUUGGGGGUGCGGAGCCUGGGGGUGCUGGGUCUACUCGUAUGGCCUCUGGCGGUGCUGGGUUUUGGGGCCCUUCGGGUGCUUUGUCGAGGCGGGAGCUACCCUCUCCACAGGAGCAGCGCGAAUGGUUUGCCCGGCGCUGGAGCCGUGCUGCUGGAGCUGGAGGUGCUACUGUUGCUGCUGACCCUGGGGUCGGCACUGGAGGUACUGGAGCCACUGGUCCUGGAGGUGCUCGUACUGGCGGUACUGUAGCUACUCGGACUGAGGGUGCUGCUGGGGCUGCUGGAGCUGGUCCUGCUGGAGGUGCUGCUGGUGCUGCUGAAGGUACUGGAGCUACAGGGCCUGGAGGUGCUCCUGGUGCUGGAGCUGCUGGCGGUGCUGGAGCUGGCGAACCUGCUGGAGUUGGUGCUGCUGGAGCUGCUAGAGCAGGAGUUGCUGGAGCUGCUGGAGCUAGAGCUGCUGGGGGUGUUGGCGCUGGAGGUGCUGCUGGCGCUGGUGCUUUUGAGGGUGCUGGAGUUGGCGCUGUUGGAGCUGGAGGUGCUGCUGGCGCUGGUGCUGCCGCUGGGGCGUCGUGA